GCGGGUGACGCGCGGCGUCUCCCCGCCCUCUCUCCCCGGCGCCUCAGGGUUCUAGGAAGAUGGCGAAGGUCACAGAGCGUUACGAUGUGACUUGGGAAGAAAUGCGAGAUAAAAUGAGAAAAUGGAGAGAAGAAAACUCAAGAAAUAGUGAACAAAUUAUGGAAGUUGGAGAAGAAUUAAUUAAUGAUUAUGCUUCUAAGCUUGGAGAUGACAUUUGGAUCAUAUAUGAGCAGGUGAUGAUUGCAGCCCUAGACUAUGGUCGAGAUGACUUGGCAUUGUUUUGUCUUCAGGAGUUAAGAAGACAAUUCCCUGGUAGUCACAGAGUUAAGCGGUUAACAGGAAUGCGAUUUGAAGCAAUGGAAAGAUAUGAUGAUGCUAUACAACUGUACGAUCGAAUUUUGCAAGAAGAUCCAACUAACACUGCUGCCAGAAAGCGUAAGAUUGCCAUUCGAAAAGCCCAGGGGAAAAAUGUGGAGGCCAUUCGAGAGCUGAAUGAGUAUCUGGAACAGUUUGUUGGAGAUCAAGAAGCUUGGCAUGAACUUGCAGAACUUUAUAUCAAUGAACAUGACUAUGGUAAAGCAGCCUUUUGCUUAGAGGAGCUAAUGAUGACAAAUCCACAUAACCACUUAUACUGUCAGCAGUAUGCGGAAGUCAAAUACACCCAAGGUGGACUUGAAAACCUUGAGCUUUCAAGAAAGUAUUUUGCACAGGCACUAAAACUCAACAACAGAAAUAUGAGAGCUCUGUUUGGACUUUACAUGUCUGCAAGUCAUAUUGCUUCUAAUCCAAAAGCAAGUGCAAAAAUGAAAAAAGACAACAUCAAAUAUGCUAGCUGGGCUGCUAAUCAAAUAAACAGGGCUUAUCAGUUUGCAGGCCGAAGUAAGAAGGAGACCAAAUACUCUCUUAAGGCAGUUGAAGACAUGUUGGAAACGUUGCAGAUCACUCAGUCUUAAGGUCUCGGAAACUCUUUGGCAUUAGACUUCAAACUAUAUAGUUGAACUUGGCCUGUGAUAUUUUUACUACAUGUCAGUGCUAUUUGUAUUCUCAUUUUUUUGAAGGGGUCAGUUAUAAAGAAUGUGUUAAAAUAAACCUCAACUUGCCUUGUAUGCUGAUAAUCAGGAAGAUGGAGAUAGUCUGUGGAAGAGAGAUUGAAGACCUAUUGAUUGUACAUCAGUCCUCAUAUUACCCCUGCACCUUAUUAAAUAAACCAUGAUUUAGUAAACCCA